AUGCCUCCACCAAACCAGAGGCCGUCACCUGGACAACCUUUUUCACUCUCAACUGAUAGAGAAAUCUCAUCAAUUCCGAAAGCAAGCGAUAAGGAGGAGAAGUGGGUGUAUCCCUCACCUCAAAUGUUUUGGAAUGCUAUGCUGAGGAAAGGAUGGAAAUGGGAAGAUGAUCAAAUUAAGAACAAUGAUAUGGAUUGGAUUAUAAGGAUGCAUAAUACUAAUAAUGAAACUGUAUGGCGGGAAAUUUUAAAAUGGGAGACGCUACACGCCAAGGAAUGCGGUCAGCCAAAGUUAGCUCGAUUUUAUGGCAAAGCUCAGGAUUUCUCUCCUCGAGCCAGAAUACGAAGCUGGCUAGGAUACGAACUGCCAUUUGAUCGUCACGACUGGAUCAUAAAUCGAUGUGGCAGAGAAGUUCGUUACGUUAUCGACUUUUACGAUAAAGGAGAAGUUGAUCCACAAACAGGUGUUGUUGCUCUACUGGAUGUACGACCUGCGUUAGAUUCGUGGGGAGCUGUUUGGGACAGAGUGAAAGUGGCUUGGUGGAGGUGGACAUCAUAA